CCCUGCUCUCAGCUAGCUGUGCUGUGGGAUGUGCUGUUCGCUGUUCUGUUGUCGUUGCAAUUUUGUUUUUUAAUUUUUAUGUUGACUAUUUACGACUCGGGUUUCGAGAGCUUUGUCAUUUGAUUGUUUGUUUUUCAUUCCACUUAUUUUAACUUUUAAGGUUAUUAAAUUAUAUCAUAUAAAGAUCGGAUGCUAUAGAAUCUACGAUGAAGCUGAAAUUCAAUGGAUCUAUGGCCACAUUUCUGGUUUCUACACUGCAUUGCAUAGCCAUAUCGUCAUCAGCAGCCACCAACAAAAAUACAACAAAUCUUGAGAUUGAGAAAGAUCUACUUUCGGGGACAGAAAGCCCAAUACUCAUAGUAGUGUCAUAUGACGGUUUUCGUAAUGAAUACUUUAAACGCAACGUCACCCCAACAAUGCUGAAAUUCCGACAGGAAGGCAUCUACACAGAUCGAAUGCUAAAUGUUUUUCCCACUAAAACCUUUACCAAUCACUUUUCUAUUGCAACGGGUUUAUAUCCAGACGCUCAUGGGGUCCUGGCUAAUUCUUUAUACGACACUGUCGAUGGACCUCUGGAUUACUCAUAUAAGUUGUUCCACUAUAACAACUCUAUUCAGCCAAUUUGGGUAGUUAACGAAAAGGCUAAUGGAGUUUCUGGUUGUAUGAUGUGGCCAGGCAGUAAUUUCAAUUACUCGGAUACAGGAUGCACGUACACGUUAAAAUACAAUAGUACGUUGCCAUUAAUGGAGCGCGUAGACACUAUGAUAAAAUGGCUUACCGAUCCGAUAAAACCAGCUAAUCUGGUAAUGUUUUAUUCCGAGCAACCAGAUAAACUCGCUCACAUAACAGGGCCCGAUACGAAAAACAUUACAGAAGUUGUUUCGGCUUUGGACUUAUUGACUAAAUAUAUCCAAGAACAAUUGAUAGAGCAUAAUCUACAGAAUAGGACAAAUGUGAUACACUUAAGCGACCACGGUAUGGCGGGAGUGCCUACAGCCAGAUUCAUUAAUCUAACAGACUACUUGGAAGCGGAUUCAUGUAAAAUGUAUGGUAGUUCGCCAGUGCUUCAAAUAGUUCCAAAAGAAGGGAAACUUGAAUAUGUGUAUCAAACUCUCAAAAAUGCGUCCAAAUUGAAUGGACAUUUCGAUGUUUAUAAAAGUGAAGAACUACCAACAAGAUGGCAUGCUACCAACCAGCAGCGUUAUGGUCCAAUAAUAGCUGUUGCUAAAAUAAACUACGGUUUCCAAGAUUUAUGGGAAUACGCCAAAGACGAUGGAACAUCCUACGGUGUACAUGGUUAUGAUAACGAGGAAGAGCUUAUGCAUCCGAUUUUUAUGGCUAAAGGUCCAGCAUUCAAAAGUGGAGGAAUACAAGCUAAACCAUUCGAAUCUGUCGAUCUUUUCCAUUUGUUUACGAAAAUUCUUGGUAUAAAUGAUUCAUUAGUAACAGACGGUUCGACAGAGAGAAUUUUACAAUUGCUGGCAGCGGAGGAAUCUUCUGAAAGUAGCUACACGCUAACAAUCCUCAUCAUUUCUAUAUGUGUAUUGGCAAUCAUUUCUGGGAUUAUUUUCUACGUAAUGAGAGUGCAAAGAAAGAAAAAUUACUACAGUCCAACGUAAAAAGGUUUAAUUUUUUUGCACUGAAGUUCACACAAUUUUAAACAAACAAAAAAUAUUGAGGGGAAAAUACUAUAAAACUUUUUAUUUACUAUUUAUUUUGUCAAAAAUUGAAAGUCUUCAUGCUACUAAGUGUGCUAUUCCAUGCCGGCUUUAGCAUCCCGACUAUCUAUAUCUUUCUGUUUAAAUUUGGCAGCUUUUUAAUUUUUAGACUUUGGCUUCGGACAAUUUAUAGCUAUAAACACACUUUUAUGUUGCAUCUUUUGCUUAAGUAAGCAGAACAAUUACUAUUUCGAAUGUAUUAUAUAAAAGUCACCAUGCAAUAGCAUACUAAGUUAUGGAUUUUUAGAAAACAAAAUAAUUUUGGUGUUUAACUAUUUAUUUUUUACAAUAAUCGACCACUUGACAAAAAUGAACAAAUCAAUCUUUUGCUUCCCAACUUAUGAAAGAUCAUUUUUCCAUUGAAUGGUGAUCUAUGAACAAUGUUGUAGUGAUACCUUUUGCAAACAGGAAUUUGGCUGUUAUCAAAACACUAUUUUUUACAAGUUACCUAUUAUAUAUUUUAAAUUUUGUAUUUGUAUUUGUAUUUUAUUUUAUUCAACAAGCCAAUAGAUAAUAAAAACAAAAAUGUACGAUAGAUUAAAAGAAUCUUUGUGUUAAAUUA